CAUUAAAUGUUAAAGUCAACUCAAAUAAACCUUUUAUGUCUAUUUAUGUGUUUGCUAAGAAGAUAUGUAGCCUAAUGUGUGAGUCAGAUGUCUUUAUUGCAAAAUAAUCACAGACAGGUUGAUAAUUAAGUUUCUGACAAGGAGACUGAGUGUUCCUGCUUUUCUUCUCACAACAUAAUUUAAACUCAAAUUAAUAUUUAUUUGUUUGUUUGUAGUGUAUUUAUUCAUCUAAUAAGCAAGUAGCAGAAUAAUUGCGAAAAGCUAUUUGAGAGUAAUAAUAUAGCCUAAAAGACCUCGGCCUUUGCUUCAUGUCUCUUAGCCUAUGCCCUUGUGCAAAUUGUUUUAUGUAAUCAUUGCUGGUCCACUUGAAAAUAAAGGUCAAUGGGGGGAAAUAAGAGUGGGGUGGGGGAGUCAGAAGGGUCUUAAACUCAUUCAGCCCCCGAAAUGCACCUGUAUCGAACAUGCAGGACAGUUGAACAUGCAAGUUUAUGCGAUGGGAAAUAUAACACCUAAUUUGAGUACAAUAUACGGGAAUGAGCCAUCCAGCUCGCGCUUUCUGAUCUUUAAUUCCUUUCUCCUUAGUUUGACAUUUUUGUUCGGAACCUCAGGAAACGUGCUGGUUUUCUGCGCUGUUCUUAAAAGCAAAAGUUUGCAGACAUCCAACAACGCGCUGCUGUUGAAUUUAUCCGCCGUGGCUCUUCUCAGGUGUUCUUUAGAUUCACCGGUGUUUUUAGUGUCGUUAAUCGUAGGAGACUCGGUUGGGCUCUUUCCGUGUUGCCUUCAGCAGUUCACUUUCUCUCUGUGCAGCGGUGUGCAGUUUCUGACGCUCGCGCUCAUAAGCGUGGAGAGGUUCUCGACCAUCGCCUUUCCCUUCAAGAAGAGGAACGAGAAAAUAGGAAUAUGGAUUUUGUUUAUCUGGGCUUGUGGGCUUUUUAUCGCAGUUCUGUCGCUGACAAUGUGUGAUAAUUCAUGUUACGUGACGUGCCAGCAUUUACAAAGAUCACCAGGGUCACGCGCGGACCCCUUCACUGUGUACGUGCUGCUUCCCGUCUGGGGUUUGUCUCUGAUACUGAUAAUCAUUCACUAUUUCCUCAUCUUUUCUGUUGUGAAACAGCAUACCAACAAAAUAACUGACACAGGUGUGCAGUUUAAACCUUAUUUUGGAAGACACCUCCCUAGAUGGGACCGUGUGGCCCCUUCAGCAUCCGCGCGCCUUCAGAAACCUGACAGCUCCUCGGGAAUCAACACGCGGCACCACGAAUAGCUGGCGCGGUGUGUAUUCUGACUCCAGCGGCGCGAGAGCUGGGCAAGAAGAGGUUGGAGGGCCGCGUGGCGAAGAGGUUCGGCUACGUCAUCAUCACGGCCACUGUGUUCUGGGCUCCGCUGUUUAUUAUCCUCGUGCUGAACAUGUGUGAGGACUGCAGGCAGAAUCAAGAUCAACACUGGCUGCUGCGCGAGCUGCGCACGUGUGCGCUGGUUGUGACGUGUGUCCCUGCAACAGUGGAGCCGCUCAUUUACACGCUGCUUCACAGACAGCUGCGUUCACAUCUCCACAAACUACUCCCGAACUCACUCAUGAAUAACAUCCUACUGUCCGACCGGAGCAAUUAAAGCAAUAGGCCGAUAGGAAACUUUCUAAACGCUCGAUGGUGAAGUAGGCCUUCAUGUUAUUUUUAUUUUUUUAUUUUUAUUGUGAUGCGGGUGAUUCAUUCAUAGGCUGUUAUUUCACUAGCCUAUAUUUAACGCCAGAGAUCAUUAGUUGAUGUACAUUCAAGUGAGAAGUGUCAUGAUGAAACUAAUAUAUUCACAUUUGAAUGUGUAUGUUAGCACUAGGCUACAUAAUAUUUGUGACUUUUUUCUAAUAUUUUUUAGUGUUAAAAGUGAAAAAUGAAAUGUCACUCUUAAAUGUAUAGUUAACCAAAAAAUAACGUCUGUCAUCAUUUA